GCCGCCGCGCGCGCCCGCCCCACCAUGUCGUCCAUCCUGCCCUUCACCCCCCCGAUCGUGAAGCGCCUGCUGGGCUGGAAGAAGGGCGAGCAGAACGGGCAGGAGGAGAAGUGGUGCGAGAAAGCGGUCAAGAGCCUGGUGAAGAAACUGAAGAAGACGGGGCAGCUGGACGAGCUGGAGAAGGCGAUCACCACGCAGAGCGCCAGCACCAAGUGCAUCACCAUCCCCAGGUCUCUGGAUGGUCGCCUGCAGGUAUCCCAUCGCAAGGGCCUCCCCCAUGUCAUCUACUGCCGCCUGUGGCGAUGGCCGGAUCUGCACAGCCACCACGAGCUGCGGGCCAUGGAGCUGUGUGAGUUUGCUUUCAACAUGAAGAAGGACGAGGUGUGCGUGAACCCUUACCACUACCAGAGGGUGGAGACACCAGUUCUACCUCCUGUGUUGGUGCCUCGCCACACAGAGAUCCCGGCCGAGUUCCCCCCGCUGGAGGACUACACCCAUUCCAUCCCCGAGAACACUAACUUCCCUGCUGGCAUCGAGCCCCAGAGCAAUAUUCCAGAGACCCCACCCCCUGGCUACCUGAGCGAAGAUGGAGAAACCAGCGACCACCAGAUGAACCACAGCAUGGACGCAGGUUCUCCGAACCUCUCCCCAAAUCCGAUGUCCCCAGCACACAAUAACUUAGACCUGCAGCCGGUCACCUACUGCGAGCCGGCCUUCUGGUGUUCCAUCUCCUACUAUGAGCUGAACCAGCGCGUCGGGGAGACGUUCCACGCCUCACAGCCGUCCAUGACGGUGGAUGGCUUCACCGACCCCUCCAACUCGGAGCGCUUCUGCCUAGGCCUGCUGUCCAACGUGAACAGGAAUGCGGCGGUGGAGCUGACGCGGAGGCACAUUGGGAGAGGCGUGCGGCUCUACUACAUUGGAGGGGAGGUCUUUGCAGAGUGCCUCAGCGACAGUGCUAUUUUUGUCCAGUCUCCCAACUGUAACCAGCGCUACGGCUGGCACCCUGCCACCGUCUGCAAGAUCCCUCCAGGAUGCAACCUGAAGAUCUUCAAUAACCAGGAGUUUGCUGCGCUGCUGGCUCAGUCUGUGAACCAGGGCUUCGAGGCUGUCUACCAGCUGACACGCAUGUGCACCAUCCGCAUGAGCUUUGUUAAAGGCUGGGGAGCUGAGUACAGGAGACAGACGGUGACCAGCACCCCCUGCUGGAUCGAGCUGCACCUGAACGGGCCUCUGCAGUGGCUGGACAAGGUCCUCACACAGAUGGGCUCCCCCAGCAUCCGCUGCUCCAGUGUGUCCUAGAGGCCCCAGCACGCAGAGGGAGGCCGGCUCGGGGCAGCGGCCAGGGAAGAGACGGAGAGCAGAAUUCUACCCGACCUGCUCCUGUCGAGGAAGAAGUAGGUUUUCUCCCUCAACUGAGGCGGCACUAGCCUGUUCUCAUGACACACAGAAGCAAACCCAGGGACGGAUCUUAUGAACAGCGGUGUCUGCUGAACCCACGUGCCCUCGGCCCAAGUCUGAAGGACAAGAAGUGGCUUUGGCGCUGGUGGAGUGAGUGAACAGGUCUUGUUAACAGCCUGCCUUCCCCAGCCUUCUUUUCCAAGGACAGCAACCUGGGAUGUCAAGAGUCCAACAGCAAAGGCCCUCUGUCCAGGGCUGGGGUGUGGAACCCACCUUGGAAGGCCCUUCCAGCUCCCUGGCAUCCUCGACAGACCUUGCUACCGUGUUUUGCAGCCAAAGCCCUCCACGCCGGCACAGUGGGUGAGCCUGGCGGUGGCAGGAAGUGCCCUGCUGGCCCACCCCUCUCUCCAGGCACCGAUUGGGGCGAGGAAUGUGGUCUGCAGGAUGUGCGCCGUCUCCUCCUCGGAAGCUCUUUAUUCUCCCUUGGGAUCUGCUGGGGCUGUGUGUAUGCAGUGUGGUGUUCCUUUAUCUUAUCAAUCUCAACGAGAUUUGAGCGACAUUAAGUGUUCCCAAGAGGCAAGGCUGAGCAAUGCUGUGCCGGGGGCAGCUCUGGCACCCAAAGUGCUUGCUCCAUAUUGCAAUGCACACAGCUAUGUUGGUUCAGUAGUCAGCUGCAUUAAGUAAAUCAGUUUUACCAUAUGCUCUUUUAAAGGUUUUAUAUUUAAAAAAAAAAAAUACUGGGUAGGUGCAUGGACUGGGGAGGCCAGAGCCAGAAGGGCACUACUUCCUGCUCGCCUCAAGGUGAAGCCCUGCCAGGGUGUGUGGAGGAGCCGCCUGCUGGCACUUGGGGAAGCUGGAAUUUACAGAAGCAAAUGCACCAGAAGGGAAACAUCUCAGGCCAACACAGGCAUAUGAAAGGGCUAUUAAAAUUUUUUUAUACCUUUGAAAAUUGCAGGCUUGGUGUAAAGAGGUCUGUCAUCUCCACCCUGGGAUGGAAGAUUAUCUAGCUCACCGUGGAGGCCCAUCAGCGACAACCACAGCAGCGAUCCUGUGUAAUAAGUACUGCUCCCAGUGGCAAUUAGGGAGAGAACUAGUAUAAAUUAUUUCAACUGGAAAAAAAAAGCCCUCUCUCUUACUGACCUUUUUUGGAAUACAGCAGACAGGACUGACACCUGCAAAUGGUACUUUACUCUUCGCUGCUUUUUUUUUUUUUAAUGACUUCUCACAUCUCUGCAUGGAUUUAUACCAGAAAAAAAAAGGAUUUCCUAUGGAAGUCCUUUCUUAUUCCAGGUAAGGGAAGAAAGUGUAACUUUUGGCAUGUUCUCAACCUCAAUGUGAUGAAAUUUCUGAUGUUUAGUGAAGACUUGCGGCACUUGUUGGUGCCCCCCCCCCCCCCCCGGGAUCCUGCGCCCUGUAGGUGGAGCCUUGGGAUGUCUGGGUAGGCGCAAUGCUCCUCACGCCUUCUGAGGACACAGGAAGAGGAGGGAGGUGCGCCAUGCUGGACCUGUGCCGAUCCUCUUACGGGGAAGCCGACCCAGAACCCAGGGAACUCUGCACUUCCUCCGCAGCCCGAUCACCUCGGACCUGGCUCAGUGAUCCAAGGACUCCUGCCCUCUUGCCCUCCCGGACGUGUACGCAUGUUCCCGGUCAGUUCUGAGACUCGGGGCAAGAAUGCUCCACUCGAGCCUCUGUGGCGCGAUCACGGCCCCUCUGGCAGGCCGUGGGCAGUGGUCCCUGGAGGCCUGUGUUCCCCACCUGCUGUGUGAUCUCUCGGAGGCUUCCUGGCAGUCAUCCUCCAGGUGCUUGGAAUCCAGCGUCAGGGACAGCCUGAGUCUGGAAGGCAGGCCUCUGGCGUGGCUGUAUUUAGAUGGUAUCAGAGCCGUCGGUACCCACACCUGAUGGCUGCAUCUAGGAGGCACGCAGUUUGGAUUUUAUGUUGCUCCAUGGCUGUUUCCUUGGCCUCUCCCUUCCCAGAGCACUGGAGGAGGACGUAUGAGGAAACCAUAAGCAAGCUCUGGCAAUACAUUGGAGCAUACUUGGAGGCUGGCCAGGGCUGCUGCCCGUCACAGUGCGCCAGAGUCCUUCAGCCUGUGUAGUGUCCUUCCUUAGUUUUACAUCCUGUUAUACAAACGGCGUUUAUACACUUAAACACUUCUUUAAAGGUGGCUGUUGGAUAGCAGUUUUAGGCAUGGUUCUCAGGCCACGUGACUUACCUGUGUUGGCCCCGGUGCAGAGGUGCAACCAGCAUUCAGUCCUUGUCCUACGCCACACCCCUCCUCACCGACUUCAUUUCAUAGCGCAGCAUAUACAGAGCCUGUGCCCCACGUCACCCCAGCUGACUACCUUCCUGCCAGGCUGCAGCGAGGAGACCCGACCUUGUGGGAGGCACCACGAGUUGAGGGGGGGACUCUAAUUCCAGGGUGAGGCCGCAGGCAGACAGUUCUACUGUCCUGAUGUUGUCUGUUUUUUUUUUUUACUGACCAUGGUGAUUAUUUUUUUAAAAAAUUGUUAAUGUAUUGAAAUGAGCUAUAGCACAGACCACGUGCUUGGUCUGUUUUGUUUCCCUCCAUCUCCCCCUGGCUUCCUAGCGCUUGGACAUACUCCAGGACUAAACACCCUACCAGAUCGCAGAGAAGGGUUUUCUGUAAGCAGCAUGUGCUUGUCAGGCGCGGACAGGCGUCUCGGGGGGAUGGCAAACGCUGGAUUUCCUUGUUGGCCCCACUGCCCCUUCCAAGGCUACGAGUAGCAGCUGGGAGAGGAGCCUCCGCGGCUUGUAGGACUGACUGUUGUUUCUGAGGGGGCUGCUGGCUGCAGUGCAGGCGCAUGCUUAGACGCGUGCUCUCACUGUGUGGUUUUAUGUGGUCAGUGCUGGGACUUUUUUCCAAAACUCCACAUUUCUCCACCUUAUGGGAAGAAACCCAAGAAAACGGCACACAGCUAAGUGGUGCCAUUUUCCCUCACGUGGCAUCAGUGUCCCCUCACGGAAGUCUGUACCAGCCUUUUCCCACUUGGGGAGCACUGGGCGCAUCUCGGGUGGAAAGGGCGUGGGUCACAAAGGCCUCACCUCAAUGGGGGGUGUCAGCCUGUGACACCCUGGCACCCCUUAGAAACACAGCUUUGACAGGAAGGAAACCAGCAAUUUGUGUAACUGGACUGAGAAAUUGUGAUUCUGUCAUUUUUUUUUUUAAUGUAGAAGUAAUGCAUUACUGUAGCAUUCUGGUGUUUUUAUAUUUAUAUAAUAAUUUCUUAAAAACCAUUCAGACAGAUUACUAUUUAAUUUUUUAAAAAUACACAUGGAAGAUGUCUCCUAAGGACAGUGGCUGGAAGAGACUGGCACAGCCAGCUCAGUCCUGGUGGAGAGUGUAGGGGCCCUUUCAGUUUGGAUCGGAAGCAGCAAACCAGGCUGGCUCAGCAAACAGCCCCACAUGUGAAAACUGGCAGCUCUGAGUCAAAUCUGGGCCCUCUGACAGCGCCCUUCACUAAGGGUGAAAACCUCCCCCAGAGACACAGAGCUGUCUUUAUAGCGAAGCCUGCACCAGCCGCAGUGCCUGGCUGCAGCCCCGCAAGUCUGCUCUGGUGGGCGGGAGUGGGCUGGACCGGGCGGGAGGAUGGGACUCCCUUUGCUGUUCAGCCAGUCUCUUAAUCUCUGUAAAAAGCAUGUAUGUAUUUAUAGUGUUUUAGUUUUUUCUAACUUUUGUAUCUUAAAGCAGAGCCCCCGUUUAAGCAUUGUAUCCCCCUUUGUUAAAGACGAUUCACGCUGCCUCUCCCUGUCUCGUGCUCUGGUAAGUGCCCUUCUAAUAAACUGUUCAUGAAAAGCUCCUACACCAGGAGCUCAGUCUGA